AUGGCACAAUAUGGUCGUCGACUGCUUCCAAACUUCAUCGAUCAAGUUGCCUUGGACGAUCCCUGUCUAACCUUUGUUGAGAUACCAAAGUCUGCCGACAUCAAAGACGGUCUCCGUCGAGUCACCUUCCGCGACCUCGCUAAAGGCAUCGACAAGUGCGCUUGGUGGAUACAUCAGAAGCUGGGUAGAGGUCAUGACUUUCCAACUUUGGCUUAUGUUGGCCCUCAUGACCUGAGAUACCUCCUUCUGGUGUUUGGAGCCUGCAAAGUGGGAUACAAGAUGUUUUUCCCUUCUCCGCGCAAUAGCACAGCUGCAUCACUCGACUUGCUUGGUCAAGUGAAAUGCAACGUCUUCAUGAUGCCUUCAGAUGCACCUUUGCACUCCAAUCUCUUGGUAAGCGUCCUGGUAGAGAGACCGAUGCUGACACUCAGCCUUCCUGAGCUCGAACACUUCUUGGACUUCAAUGAUGGCAUGCAACCUUAUCUCUGGAGCAGAACGUUUGAAGACGUCAAGAUCGAUCCAAUAGCAGUAUUUCACACGUCUGGUAGCACUGGUAUGCCGAAGUUGACAAUCAUGAAUCAUGAAGCAGUAGCUGCCCUAGACGCAUUUCGGAACAUAGAAGCUCGCACAGGCAGGGCAAUACAGACUAGCACCUACGCCCAUAAGAAGACGCUGUUACUGUUUCCGAUGUUUCAUGCAUCAGCUCUCAGCACUCUGUUUCUCUCUAUCUGGAAUACUGUCCCAACAGUCCUGCCGCCUCCAGUGCCUUUGACGGCAGACCUUGCAAACGAGAUGCUUGUCAAUAUCGAUAUCGAAGCCAGCAUCAUGCCACCAUCUAUCUUGGCCGAAAUUGCUGGCAACAAUGAGUAUCUCAGAAACUUGUGUCAAUGUUCCAGUGUAAUGUAUGGCGGAGGACCACUGCCUACAGAGGCAGGCAAACGUAUCGCGUCUGGGACUACUCUCAUCACUGUCUUCGGAUCUUCGGAGACUGGCUUCUUUCCCGUCGAAGUCAUGGACCGCGUUGACUGGCCGUACAUCAAGCUUAGUCCUUGCGCUGGCGGGGUGUAUCGUCCUUAUGCCGACAACUUGUGUGAGCUCGUCAUUGAACGAGAUCCUGCUUUGAAGGAGUUUCAACCUGUGUUCUCGAUGUACCCCGAGAUGGAAGUGUAUCAUACCAAAGAUCUCUUCGCGAAGCACCCUGUUAAACCGAAUCUGUGGCUGUGGCAAGGUCGUAUAGAUGACAUCAUCGUCCUUAGUAAUGGCGAGAAGUUUAACCCAACCUCAAUGGAGGAUGUGAUCAUCAACGGUCAUCCAGCGGUAGAGUCAGCUCUAGUCUGUGGGCAGGGUCGUACGCAGUGCGCUUUGCUCCUAGAGUUGUCGUCUUCUGGAUCUAGUGAUGACGAAAAAUCCGAAGAGGAGGUCGUGGAGGAGCUUUGGCCGGCUGUACAGAGAGCCAACGAAAGCAUUCCCGAGUAUGGUCGGCUGAUGAAGGACAUGGUCAUUGUGGUAAAGCAAGGAAAGAAAAUGGUGCGAGCAGAUAAAGGCACCGUCCAACGCAAACGGACUCUUGAGCGGUUUGCAGCGGAACUCGACGAGCUCUACCGACUACAAGAUGGCAGUGCUGCGUCUUAUGCCGAGACCGACUGCCACAUGGAUCUUGGCAGUGUCAGAGAGACAGUCACAAGGACCAUCCAGGGGAUCUCCAAGUACAGGACGGUACAAUCUAGCACGAGCUUCUUCGAUAUCGGCUUGGACUCGCUACACGCCAUGACCUUGGCAAGGAAGCUUAGAACCGCAUUUCUGAGCUCACCAAAAUUAAUCACGACCAAAGUUGUUUACGAGCUUCCAAGUAUUGAUCUACUCUCAUACUACAUCUGCGGUCUGGAAACUGGACAAGAAGAUUCUGUCAAGACGAUGCAGAUUCUAUACGAUCGCUACUCGCCAAUGAGUCGUCGCGCCAUGCCUAUUGAAACAACGAAAGCGGCCACCGUUCUCCUUGUCGGCUCAACUGGUCAUCUGGGCACUCAGAUCUUGUGCCAGCUCUUACAAAGAGAAGACAUUGCUCUUAUCUACUGCCUAAGUCGCGAUCCUGAUGCAGAUAUCAACCAAAAGGCUCCCGGUCGCUCAAGGAAUGCUGCAAUCUCCAAGCAUGUCAGGCAUCUCCAUGUGAACUACUCCCAAUCACGGUUCGGGCUCUGUGAAUCAGUCUGGUGUACUCUGCAGCAAGAGAUCACUUGUGUGAUUCAAAAUGCGUGGCCAGUCGACUUUUGUAUGCCGCUGUCUCAUUUCGAGUCCAGCAUCCGUCUCACAGUUGAACUUAUGGAGCUUUGCAAGUCUGCCGACUGUAAACCAAACUUCGUGUUCGUCUCGUCGAUUGGAUCUGUCCUUGGUAGAUCUGGAGGUCAAGUCACCGAAGAGAUUUCUCAUGACUGGCUGGUAGCAGAGACUAUGGGCUACACGCAGUCAAAACUUGUCGCUGAGCGACUCAUAGCGACGACUGCGGCCGCCAACGGUGUGAAGAGCGUAACAUGCCGCAUCGGUCAACUCGGCGGUGUCUCUCAUCCCGAACUUUGGGGAGAUGAUGUGCCUCGUUGGCCAGAGAAAGAAUGGGUGCCGGCUAUGCUAGCGGCUUCGAUACAACUUGGAGCUAUACCUUCUUCAUUGGGGUUAUUGGACAAGAUAAACUGGCUACCUGUUGACGUCGCUGCAGCCACCAUAUGCGAAUUGGCAUUCGCUGCGACAGCAGUGCAUAAUGCGUGCCAGGUUUACAACGUUGUCAAUCCACAGACAACUGCUUGGAAAGCACUACUGCCAGAGCUCAGAGCAUAUAUCAAUCUGAAGAGACUCUCAUUGAUUGAUUGGCUUAAGCUCUUGAAAGCACACAUCGAGACUGGACUGGAAAGUCAUGUACCAGCUGCAGGCUUGCUAGACUUCUUCGAGGGCGCUUGUAAGACUGAAGUCAGGAAGCCAACUGUUGACUGCUCGAAGAGUCUGGCUUUGAGUCCGAGUCUCCAGAACGCGGAAUGCAUCAGUGUCGAGCUCAUGGAACGCUGGAUAGAACAGUGGAGUUUCAGUAACUGA